CUCCUCCUCUUCCUCCUUGAGGCGCAGGCGCAGGCGCAGCGGACGGAAGCAAACGCAACGCAAAAAGGAACGAGCGGGGAGGAGAGCAGAGGGCGUUUCUCCGUCCUCCCUCGCCGUGCGCGCGCGGCGGCGGCACCACACCACCGCCAUGGCCAUGUCCAAGCAGCAGCAGGGGGACCCCGCGGCCUUCCUCGACCUCGUCGGCCCCGACCUCUCCGCCUGCGUCUUCGCCCGCCUCCACGACCCCGCCGACCUCGCCCGCGCCGCCACCGUCUCCCGCCCCUGGCGCAGAUUCGUGGAGGGGAACGGCUUCCUCAAGAAGGCGUGCGUGCGCAAGUUCCCGGAGCUGGCCGUGCUCGCGGGCGCGGUGGAGGUGCGCAGAUCGCCCGCCCCAUCCCCCGGGCCCAGCGCCGAGGCCAACGAGCACAGGAUCUACUCCCACCUCUACGGCGCGCUCGUCCCCGACGCCAGGCCCGCCGUUGACUGCAUCCUGCACUGCAUCGGCGCCUCCAGCACCGACAACUUCCCCGACGAGACCAUCGACAACACGCUCGAGCCGCAGGACCGCGUCAACAACCGCUUCUCCUACUGGUCCAGCGCCGGCCAGGACGACCCCGACGUGCCCGAGACGCUCACCUACAGGCUCGGCUCCGACAUCUGCGUCGUCGAUGAGAUCAGGAUACAGCCCUUCAAAGCAUUCUUUCAGAUUGGACAUCCUAUAUACUCUUCAAAGAUGGUGCGGUUCCGGAUGGGCCAUUGCAAACUUCCUCGUCGAUCAGAGUCAUUUAUCACAGAUGAUGAUGACAACCAAGCAGUGAUUGCUGAUGAAAACUACAUCUGGACUUAUACCUCGCCUGAGUUCCUUAUGUUCCAGGAAAAUAAACUGCAGACGUUUAAACUCCCGCGCCCAGUCCUGUGCAUUGGUGGUGUUGUAAAGAUUGAGCUGCUGGGAAGAGUGCAGAAACAAGCAACUGAUGAUAGGUAUUACAUAUGUGUCUGCCAUGCUCAAGUGGUCGGGCGUUCGCUCUCACCAGUGUUCAUGGUCGACAUCAACGACUCGGGUGGCAAUGCCAUCCUCAAGCACCUGCCGGAGGCCAAGAACCUCACGGUGACGGAAGUGGUGCAGGACAGCGCGACGGACUCGCAGGAGUGGAAGGACGCUCUCGCCAGCUACAGGGAGAUGAGGCAUCUGGUCACCCUCAUGAACGUGCUCCAGGAGGGGCCUGCGCACCCCGCGCAAGACCUGCACGGAGACGGAGACGGAGACGCGCUUCUGCAAGAAAUACAAGAAAUGCAAGGGGACGCGAACCUCCUGCAACAGCUGCAAGUGGAUGCGCAGCUCCUGUAUUUACUGCAAGAUGGUGUGCUGCAACUGCAAGAUGAAGAUGGUUUACAGGCCAUGGAGGAAGAUGAUGACGGCGGCGUGUCAGACAACGACCCCUUCGCCUAGGGCCAUUGCUGGGCUGGGUGAGGUUGCCGGAGCCGAUGCCGAGAGAGAGACCGUUCCUUUGUUGUUGUGAACUAGUGGACUUGUGAAGGAACCCUUUAUAUGAACUAGCCGGGGGUUAUAUAGCUGAGUGCAUACAGACAGCUGUUGUGAACUUGUUGUGGCCGUGAGUACAUACAGACAGGGUUUAUAAAGAGUUUAAAGUCAUGGUUUGCGACUUUGGUUAA